AUGUCAGUGUUUCAACCACUUGCCACCAAAGAUGAAAUUUUGCAUCUUAAAAGUGGAUACGCUACCUACAUGAACAUGUCUGUCUGUGACGAUGUGGAACUGGAUGUGCUGGCUUUGUGGAAUACCCACCAAGACGCACUUCCCAACUUUAGGUUUCUUGCACAGUUCUUUAUAGGACCUGAUGAAGCUUGCUGUCACCAAGAGGAUAUUAGACAGGGGAAUUAUGUGAUGCAGGAUUUAUGUAUUGUCGGCAAGCUUUUUAAAGCAGGGUUUGGCAGCGUUUUUGGGCAGAAUGCCAAAAACACCCAUAACCUCAAUUUAUGGUAUCAUGGAAAACUUGACAGAACCAUUGCAGAAGAACGUCUUAGGCAAGCAGGAAAGCCUGGUUGUUACCUUAUUCGAGAGAGUGACCGAAGGCCAGGGUCGUUUGUGCUUUCAUUCCUUAGUAAAACAAAUGUGGUCAAUCACUUUAGGAUUAUUGCCAUGUGUGGAGAUUAUUAUAUUGGUGGACGACGCUUUUCUUCACUCUCAGACCUCAUAGGUUAUUAUAGUCAUGUGUCUUGUUUGCUUAAGGGGGAAAAAUUACUUUUUCCUGUAGCACCUCCAGAGCCAGUGGAAGACAGAAGGAGAGUUCGAGCCAUUCUGCCGUACACUAAAGUGCCAGACACAGAUGAAAUAAGUUUCCUUAAAGGAGACAUGUUUAUUGUCCACAAUGAACUGGAAGACGGCUGGAUGUGGGUUACAAACCUACGGACAGAUGAACAAGGCCUUAUUGUAGAGGACCUAGUGGAAGAAGUGGGACGAGAAGAAGACCCGCAUGAAGGCAAAAUAUGGUUCCAUGGGAAGAUCUCCAAACAAGAAGCUUACAGUUUGCUGAUGACAGUUGGCCAAGUGUGCAGUUUUCUUUUGAGGCCUUCAGAUAAUACACCUGGUGAUUAUUCACUUUAUUUUCGGACCAAUGAAAAUAUUCAGCGUUUCAAAAUUUGCCCAACUCCAAACAAUCAGUUUAUGAUGGGAGGCAGAUACUAUAACAGUAUUGCUGACAUCAUUGAACACUACAGAAAAGAACAGAUUGUUGAAGGAUAUUACCUUAAAGACCCUGUCCCGAUGCAGCAUCAAGAACAAGUACUUAAUGAUACAGUGGACGGAAAAGAAAUCUACAAUACUAUUCGCCGGAAAACAAAGGAUGCUUUUUAUAAAAAUAUUGUCAAAAAAGGCUAUCUUCUGAAAAAAAGCAAAGGAAAGCGGUGGAAGAACUUGUAUUUUAUUUUAGAGGGAAAUGAUGCCCAGCUUAUUUAUUUUGAAAGUGAAAAAAGAGCCACAAAACCCAAAGGAUUAAUAGAUCUCAGUGUGUGUUCUGUCUAUGGAGUACAUGACAGUCUGUUUGGCAGGCCAAACUGUUUUCAGAUAGUAGUUCAGCACUUUAGUGAAGAGCAUUACAUCUUUUACUUUGCAGGAGAAACUCCAGAACAAGCCCAGGACUGGAUGAAAGCUCUGCAAAUGUUUUGCAAUUUACGAAAAACCAGUCCAGGGACAUCCAAUAAACGUCUGCGUCAGGUCAGCAGUCUUAUUUUACAUGUGGAAGAAGCUCAUACACUCCCAGUCAAACACUUCACCAAUCCUUAUUGCAAUAUUUACCUGAACAGUGUCCAGGUAGCAAAAACGCAUAUCAGGGAAGGCCAGAACCCCGUAUGGUCAGAGGAAUUUGUCUUUGAUGACCUCUCAUCUGAUAUCAACAGAUUUGAGAUAAGUCUUAGUAACAAAACAAAGAAAAGCAAAGAUCCAGAUAUAUUGUUUAUGCGCUGCCAGUUAAACCGGUUACAAAAAGGACACGCAACAGAUGAAUGGUUUCAGCUCAGUUCUCACAUACCAUUAAAAGGUAUUGAACCAGGAUCUUUGCGAGUACGAGCACGAUAUUCAAUGGAGAAAAUCAUGCCAGAAGAGGAGUACAGUGAAUUUAAAGAGCUUAUACUACAGAAGGAGCUGCAUGUAGUUUACGCCUUAUCAAAUGUAUGUGGACAGGACCGAACACUAUUGGCCAGCAUUUUACUGAGGAUUUUUCUUCACGAAAAACUUGAGUCAUUGCUCUUACGAACACUAAAUGAUAGGGAAAUCAGCAUGGAAGAUGAAGCUACAACCCUAUUUCGUGCUACCACACUUGCAAGCACCCUUAUGGAGCAGUAUAUGAAAGCUACAGCAACACGUUUUGUUCAUCAUGCGCUGAAAGACUCUAUUUUAAAGAUAAUGGAAAGCAAGCAGUCUUGUGAGCUAAAUCCCUCAAAGUUAGAAAAAAAUGAAGAUGUGAACACUAACUUAACACAUCUGCUGAGUAUACUUUCAGAAUUAGUGGAGAAAAUAUUCAUGGCUGCAGAGAUAUUGCCUCCGACAUUAAGAUAUAUUUAUGGAUGUUUGCAGAAGUCUGUCCAAAACAAGUGGCCAACCAAUACCACUAUGAGAACUAGAGUUGUUAGUGGCUUUGUUUUUCUCCGACUGAUUUGUCCUGCGAUCCUGAAUCCAAGGAUGUUUAAUAUCAUCUCAGAUUCCCCUUCCCCUACUGCUGCAAGAACACUGACGCUGGUCGCCAAGUCUGUGCAGAACUUAGCAAAUUUGGUUGAGUUUGGAGCUAAGGAGCCGUACAUGGAGGGGGUAAAUCCAUUCAUCAAGAGCAACAAACAUCGCAUGAUCAUGUUCUUAGAUGAACUUGGGAAUGUACCUGACCUGCCAGACACUAUAGAACAUUCUAGAACUGACAUGUCUCGUGAUCUAGCAGCCUUGCACGAGAUUUGUGUGGCACAUUCAGAUGAGCUUCGGACACUCAGUAAUGAGCGAGGCGUAAUGCAGCAUGUUCUUAAGAAGCUUCUGGCUAUUACAGAACUGCUUCAACAAAAACAGAAUCAGUAUUCAGUGUCUAAUAACAUCAGGUAGCAGCUUUCUACCUAAAAUUCUGCAUGGAUCCAGCAUGCCCAAUAUGGGAACACACACCAAUAUCACUUCCUUCUUGCUCUUGCCAAAAAUAGCACACCUUUUUCACAUUCCCAGUGAUGUGUGAACUAUGCAAAAAGAAAACAAAGAUUCUGUUGGUUAAUGAUUGUACCAGCAGCUUUUUAAGCUAUCUGUGCAGGAUGUUUUGCACUUUUUUCCACUUGGAACCAAUUUUCACAACCUCUGAGCCUUGGUGUACAAAUCACCUUUGACAAAGAAAAUGCUGUGACUGUCUUGAACUUUGAAAGUUAUUUUCAACACUUCCAAUUGCCAAAGUUUUGCUGCCUGUUGAAAAAGAAUUCUAGUCAACUGACAAGGAAAGGAACUCAUUUUGACAGCUAAGUAUAACUGGAUAACAUUUCUUACUGUAAUUUCUGACUGGUUACAAUUAUGACUUUGACUGUUCAACCACUUUUAAUAUGUAUUUACAGUUUCCAGAGUUUGACAUUAUGGUAGGAACAAUCUUUGCUGUACACUUUUAUACCAUGCUGUUUCUCUUGCUGGAAUCAUGUUGAAAGACAGUAUGUAGAAUGAGUCUGGUUGGCUUUAUUUUUUAAUGUACCACUGAUUUACUCUGAAUAAUUCUUCCAUCAAGGAUUGUAUAUCCAGAUAAAUCAUAAUGCUUUUGUAAAAUGUUUACAACAGUAAAUAAUUUUGAAUUGAAUAAAUUUAUUGAUCAUUGUAUCAGACAUGCAUGCAUUCAUUAAA